AUCGUCGUUUUGAAGUUCAAAACAUAUAAAGUUGAAAUUGUGGCUGCAACUCCGAUUUUCAAAUUAUCUUGAAAUAAAGGCGUAUGAAGUGUAGAAGCUAAACUCAUAACUUUUGCUCCUACGCUAUAUAUUUUUCCUAAAAUAUUAUUAAAUAUGUACAAAUAAUAAACCCAUUAAAUUAGAUGAGAUCUUCGCCUCUGUCUUGGAAGUUCUAUUUAUAGGAAGCUAUCGGUAUCCAUAUUAGUACAUAGAGAGAGCUUACUUAUGGAAAGUUCAGCUUCGAUGAUCGAUGGAGAGGCACAAUUGAUGAGCUCUGCCGCUGGACAUGGAAAACGAGGAGGCUGGAUCACUUUCCCUUUUACAAUAGCAACAACGGCGGGGUUGAACAUAGCAGCAGCAGGUUGGAUGAGCAACCUGACAGUGUAUCUAAUUGAGGAAUUUGGAAUGAAUAGCAUUGACGCAGCUCAAGUUUCCAAUGUUAUGAAUGGCUCUGUCAAUUUUGUUCCUGUGAUUGCUGCUGUUCUUGCUGAUUCCUUCUUUGGCACUUCCUCUCUUGUCUGGAUUUCUUCUUUCAUCUCUCUACUGGGAAUAGUUCGCUUAGCAUUAACAGCUUCAAUUGAUUCACUGAGGCCUCAGCAAAUAUGCAAAAAUGAUUCAGACUUUUGUACGAGUCCCACAAAAUCUCAGUUUGCCUUAUUAUAUGGAGGUAUUACCUUGGCAUCCAUUGGUUUAGGUGGAAUGCGAACUAACAUAGCAACCAUUGGAGCAAACCAAUUUCGCGACUCAAAGUAUCAGAACAUGUUCUUUAAUUGGUUCUUCUUCACAAUGUACACUGGGACAAUUAUAGGAUUCACAGCUAUUGUCUAUAUAGAAGAUAAUAUCAGCUGGAAAGUUGGAUUUUAUGUAUGUAUAGCUGCCAAUUUUCUUGGUUUAGUUGUCUUUUUAGCUGGAAGUCGCUUAUACCAUUAUGCUAAGCUUGAAGUUAGCCCCUUUACUAGUUUAGCUCGUGUGAUUGUGGCCGCCAUUUCGAAAAGGAAACUUCCAGUUUCACCUUCACAGGAGAAUUGGUAUCAUGGACCAUAUGGCAGAACAACAAUGUCCAUUUCAGCUUCAAGAAGCUUUAGAUUCUUGAAUCGUGCAGCGCUAAAAUGUGAAGGAGACGUUAAGCCGGAUGGUUCAAUCGCGAAACCAUGGAAACUUUGUACAGUAAGUGAAGUAGAAGACUUUAAAAGCCUAAUGAGAACUCUUCCAUUGUGGUCAUCCAGCAUAUUUCUGUCUACUCCAAUUGCAGUUCUAAUUAGUUUGUCUGUACUUCAAGCCUUAGCCAUGGAUAGACACAUAGGACCACAUUUUCAAAUUCCUGCUGGUUCCAUUCCUGUUAUUAUACUCAUCUCUACUGCAAUCUUUCUAACAAUAUUCGACAGAUUACUCUUUCCCAUGUGGGAAAAAUUAACUAGCCAAUCUGUCACGCCCUUCAAACGAAUCGGAGCUGGCCACGUGCUGACUUUUGUUGGCAUAGGAGUGGCAGCUUUGGUUGAGUCUAAAAGACUAAAUGUAGCACAUAAUUCACACAACCUUAGCCAAGGACGUUCCAAUAUUGUGCCUAUUUCUGUCUUAUGGCUCGUGCCACAACUAGUUAUCAUUGGGAUUGGAGAGGCAUUUCAUUUUCCAGGACAAGUAGCAUUGUACUAUCAAGAAUUUCCGACAUCUUUAAAGAGUGUUUCAACAGCCCAUGACAUGGUUAGCCAUUGCCAUUGCGUAUUACCUGGACACUGCGUUGAUUGAUCUUGUUCGUAGGGCGACUAAUUGGUUGCCUAAUGACAUAAACCAGGGGAGAGUGGACAAUUUUUAUUGGGUGUUUGCUGUGAUUGGAGUGUUGAACUUUGGCUAUUAUUUACUACUAUGUCUUUUAUUUUACAAGAAAAAACGCGGGAAGAAAGUGGCUGAUAGUGGUGCAUCCAACUGAUUUUAGCUAGUAUGGCUCAAUAAUGCAGCAGCGAAUCCAGAAUUUAAAUUCUAUGGAUUGACGUAUAUGUGUACUUCUACCUAUAUAUAUACUUGUUUUUCGUACAUAUGUAGUGUUAUGACUCCGUAACAAUGAACCCAUCAUUGGAUCUGCCACGGCAAGUCUUUGUUCUGUGUUA